CCUCCUGGCUCUUUCAUCCAGAGGACUACUCACCACAAUGCCAAGCAAACCUGCGCCCAUCAAGAAAUCCCCAGCCAAGCAGGCUGCCGCGAAGGCACCUGAGCCCGCGCCGGAGCCCACACCGGCUCCCGUAGAGGCUCCACCUGCGGAAGCUGCACCUGUCGAGGCUACACCUGUUGUGGAAGCUGCUGCUCCUGUCGAGGCAGCAGCUCCUGCACCCGAGGCAGAAACACCCCCCGCUGCUGAACCAAGCCCCCCAGCUGAUGCCACAACCACCGAGGAAGGAGGCGACUCGAUAACUCCUACUGAGGCUGCUGCUCCCGCUGCUGAAGACGAUGCUGUUGCUCCUGCUGCAGAUGCUCCCGCAGACGCUGCUCCAGCAGAAGCUGCAGUAGUUGAAGAGCCGCCAAAGGCCCCAACGCCCCCACCUCCUGCAGUCGUCACCAGCGCUCCUCUGGACGUAUGUGUGGAUGAUGUGAACGACUCCAGCCUCUCCAUUAAAUGGAAAACGCCAGAGACCAUCGGAGCCUCCGGCCUGGACGGAUACACCAUCGAGUACUGCAAGGAUGGAACAUCAGACUGGGUUGCAGCUCACGAGGAGCUGACCCCAGCUAACCGCUGCUGCAUCAAGAAUCUGACAGCCGGUGACCUGCUGCAUGUACGCGUGGUGGCUGUAAGCGCCGGUGUCCGCAGUGAACCUGGUACACUUGCUAAGCCUGUGCCCAUCCGUGAGAUCGGUGACCACCCCAGGAUCCGCUUGCCCCGCGCUCUCAAGACCCGCUGUGUCAUAAAGGUUGGAGAGCAGAUCAACCUGGUCAUCCCCUUUCUUGGAAAGCCCAAACCUGCGGUGUCCUGGCUUAAGGAUGGUAAGCCUUUAGAUACAAAGGUCAACAUCAGGAACAGUGACAAAGACAGCAUCUUGUUUAUCCGCACCGCUGAGAGGGAGAACUCUGGUGUUUACGAGAUGACUGUUAAAGUGGACAGCUUUGAAGACAAAGCCACCAUCACCCUUCAGAUUGUGGACCGGCCUGGCUGUCCUACCAGUAUGAAGUUGGUGGACUCCUGGGGCUUCAACGCCGCUCUGGAAUGGACCCCUCCCAAGGAUAAUGGCAACACAGAGAUCACUGGAUACACCGUCCAGAAGGCCGACAGGAAGACCGGGGACUGGUUCUCGGUGCUGGUGAACUACCACAGGCUGACGGCCACCAUCUCAGACCUCGUCAUGGGCAACUCGUACUCCUUCAGAGUGUUUGCUGAGAACCAAGUGGGCGUCGGUGAGAUGAGCGCUGUCACCAAGAAGGUGGCCACCAUCCAGAAGACAGGUAUUGUCUACAAGCCUCCCGAGUAUCCAGAGCGUGACUCCAGUGAGGCACCCAAGUUCACCACACCCCUCAGCGACCGCGCUGCCACCGUGGGAUACACCUGCAAGCUGCUGUGUUCUGUCCGUGGAUCCCCCAAGCCUAAGAUCGAAUGGAUGAAGAAUAUGUGUCUCAUUGGAAACGACCCCAAGUUUCGUCAGAUCUCGGCAUCAGGCAUUUGCUCCCUCGAGAUCCGUAAGCCCUCCUGCUUCGAUGGCGGUGUGUACACCUGCAAAGCCAUGAACGCCAAGGGAGAGGACGUUGUCUCCUGCAAGCUGGAGGUCAAACAGGUUACCCUUCCGGGCAAAUAAACCAACAGCCAAACCCCUAGAGAGUGUUUGAGGAGAUGAGAGAAAAAAAAUCUUUGCUGUCUGUGCAGCAGUGUGUACAUAAUGAAGAAAGGGACAGAACAACAUACCAACAUCUCCAUAUCUAUUCCCACCCCCACUGAUCCCGACUCACCCACUCCUCCCAGUAUGCAGGGAAGACCACCCGACCCAUCCCAGUUUGACAAAUGUAUGUUAUUUUAGCUGGUGACAUGUAUGUAAGGCUAUAUUUACAAUGUUUUUGUCCAUGUGCUGUUUGUUACAGUAUAUGUAUGUACUGUAUAUGUACUACUCAAUAAAACAGUGAACCCUCGGACAUGCUAUUGCAGUGACUCAACACGUUCUCAUCCCAACUCGUCACAUACUGACGCUUUGUCAGACCCCUCACGGUCACUUUUCGGUUGCGGUAAACACAUGCUUAAUGUUGUGAAUUAAACAAAAACACUUGUUUAGGAUUAGGCAACAAAACCACUUAGUUAUGUUUAGGAAAGAAACAUGGUUUCCUGUCCGCCCUGUGUCUCUUUCGCUCUUUAAAGUACGUCACCACAACACUUUCCCUGUGCGUUUCCUGAUGCGGCAGAUGGGUUUACAUUGUAGUUAAUGAAAAGCCCAGGGCGUUUCAUACCGGUGCUUAAGGGUACUUUGUACAGUAGUAUCAAACGCCAAUGGCCGUGACAAAGUGUCUGUAUUUGAUGCCCUGGGAAUGAGAACGGGCUGAAUUACUCUAUGAAUGUUUUAAUAAAAAUUGUAUUUUAUUACAUAUGUGGAUUUCUUCACAAAUUUCACACAUUGCUGCACAAAGUUUUGGGAUAGAUACAAUUUUGUGGUUAGUGCUAGAUGCAAGUUUUUGUCAUUAUAGUAUAGUUGUACAAAGACAAAUCUGCUGGCUUUCAAGGAGUGGCAAAGUAGAGUUGUGAUUACAGUUGGUUUGUCCAAAUUACAAAAAAAUGGCAUCCAGCAAUGCAGAUGGCUUCAUAUUUAUCUGCUGAGGUUUUGAGAUAUUGGUCUCUUAAAUUUCUUUGAGUGGAAAUUGUUUGUUUUGCUCAAAGCGUUGACAAAUAAUAGAGUAUGACAGUUUUCUUAAAAUUAGAUUUUAAAAAUCUCAAUAUAUUGAAUUGUAACCGCUAUAUCAUGAUGCGUAUCAUAUCGCCAGAUUCUUGCCAAUACACAGCCUUACUGUACAGUGUAUAUAUACCAAAACUAUCUGCAUGGCUAAAUGCCACCACCAGUGUUGAAUGGUGUUUUUUGUGCACUGACCUGUAUCACUCACCACCCUUAGGCUUGAAAGGUGGAUCGGAAAAGCGUCUAACUUGCUCUUUCCCUAAAGAUUGCAGCUACAGUACAGGAAGCAUUGAUUCUUUAUUAAUUCAUGAGUAGUUAUUUACCGUCCAUGUUGCUGUUGGUGCCAGUCCAACCAUGUGUGUCCUUACCUGCCACUGUUCAGCCAAUGGAUUUGUACCACGUCUUUGUUUGUUGUUGUUUUUUUUACUGUGUGCGUUUCUUUCCUUGGACUGAAAAUGCCACAUUGUAUGUUUAUCUACCUUAUUAAUAAUAGCGUGCUUAGAAUUCAACAUAUGUGUCACCAUGUGUCAGAUAAAUUGCAGAGGUGGUUGCUAAUAGCAUUUCACAGGUUGUUUUCUUUUCCCAACACAAUAAAUUGCCAUAAAAUGA